AUGGCUUUCACUAAGGAGCACUUAGUUCGGUUAUUUUGGUUUCACUUUUUGACAUGUUUUUGGACCCUUUGGACCCCUGGACCUGGACCCUGGACUGGCCAUAUCUUGGAGUUUGAAGCAUUCUCAUCCCAGAAACUGCUGGUACUUCUUUGGUCACUCUUGGCAACAUUUGUUUGGAUCUUUGUGGAACUACAACUGUUGGAAUUUCAGCUCUCCUCUCUCUUUGUUUCAUAUAUCUUCUCCAAUUGGGCACAGGCUGCUGUACAUCAGGCUGAGAGGAAUCAGCGAAAUAUUGGCUCCCCUCCUGCACAUUACCAUCCUGCUCCUAUAGCUCGACCAUUAGAAAAUGCUCUUCAAAUGAAUAUUUCUCAGAUCUUGGGAAAUUUGAACCAUGGUCCAAUUCCAAUGCAAAGGUUUCCUGGUCUGCCACAUAAUGUUAUUGAGCAUCAUGAGGCUCAACACAUGUGGCAUCAGCACCAUCCACUACCACAACCUGGGCCACCUAUUCCUGCUCCAGCCUUAGGGCCUCCGUUUGGUCAACCUGUUCCUGCUCUACCCUUAGGGCAACCCUUUGGUCAAUCUAUUCCUGCUCCACCCUUAGGGCCACCCUUUGGUUAUAUUCCUCCACCUGCUAUGUUGCUGCAGCCACAAUAA